AUGGCGAUCGCUCUGGGGACCGUUUCGAAUCGGCUGACAGUAUCUGCAGGCGGGCUGCAGGACUGUAAGCCGCCGCCAGGCACACGAUGCAGGGCAGGCAGGGCAGGGCAGGGCAGGCCCCAAUUCGGGGAUCCGCUUUACUGUACCGGUAGAGACACCGAGACGGAAGAAGAUGUGCUCUGGUUGCCAGGAUGUUGGUGCAUGGGGGAUUUUGGAUUUGGAUUUGGGCAUCAAAUCAACCCAGAUCAGUCUCCCGGCCAUGUCCAUGUCCCUGUCCGUCCACAAAACGGCCCGCCAACUGGCAGUUGUCUGCCACUGGCGAAGCCCUGGCCUGGAACUGCUGACCACCAUCGGGUUCAGGCAUGCAUGUCAGUCAGUACGCAGUUAUCGGUCCGCACAUUGUUGAGAGAUCAUCAUGUUGGUACUCGCGCCUUGGUUACGUAG